AUGCGGCCUACUACGUUAUCACGAGCAGCUCGGCUGAAUUGCCUCAAGCCUCGCUCCCUUGCUGGCACGCCUCGACGAUGCUUGACCAUGUUGAGUCCUCCUAAAUUUGAGAACGAAAAGAUGCUCAACUAUGCAAAAGGUUCCCCAGAAAGGGCCGAGUUGACCCAGGCCAUUCAAAAGCUCAAGGGUCAAUUCCCUGUUACAAUCCCCAUCACGAUCAAUGGAGCAGAGAUUGAGACAAAAGAGUCUCGCUCCCAGCUUAACCCUUCAAAGCACCGCGAGAUUGUCGCAAAUUAUGCCGCCGCCUCCCCAGAGCAGGUGAAUGCCUCCAUCGAUGCUGCCCUCGGCGCCAAAGCCGCCUGGGAGGCAACACCCUUUGAGGACCGAGCUGCCAUCUUCCUCCGCGCCUCCGAGUUGAUCACUGGUAAAUACCGCUCUGACAUUGUUGCUGCCACAAUGCUGGGACAGGGAAAGAACAUCUGGCAAGCAGAGAUCGAUGCUCCUGCCGAGACAGCGGACUUCUUCCGUCAUUAUAUCCAAGAGGCUUGGGCCUUGUACUCCCAGCAACCUCGGGUGCACCUCGAUGGUAACUGGAAUAAGAUGGAGUACCGUCCACUUGAGGGCUUCACGUAUGCAAUUGCGCCUUUUAACUUUACCGCCCUUGGUGCUACCCUUGUUGGGCCUGCCGCAUUACUUGGUAAUGUGGUGAUCUGGAAGCCAUCAGACUCAGCUCUUCAUGCCAGCUGGCUGCUGUACCAGAUUCUGCUUGAAGCUGGUCUCCCUAAGGACGUUAUUCAGUUCUUGCCUGGAGAUGCCGAGCAAGUGACCAACACCGUUCUGAAGAGACCUGAAUUUGGAGCCUUGACAUUCAUCGGCGCCACCUCUACUUUCAAGGGAAUUCAAAAGAAAAUUGGAGACGGAAUCGGCGCUGGAAUUUACAACUCCUACCCUCGAGUGGUCGGUGAGACAGGAGGCAAGAAUUGGGGUAUUGUCCACCCAUCCGCGGAUGUUAGAAGUGCAGCCCUCAACACAAUUCGGGCAGCCUUUGAAUACCAGGGCCAGAAGUGCUCUGCCAACUCUCGUGUCUACGUUGCCGAAUCUGUUUGGCCUGAGUUCAAGAAGGUUCUGGCCGAGGAAACCGCCGCGCUGAAGGUUGGUGAUGUUGAAGACUACGCCAACUUCGUCAACCCUGUGAUUCACGAGCGCUCAUUCGACAAGCUCAACAAAUUUAUCGAGGGAGCCAAAACCGAUGCUGAACUCGAGCUUGUUGUUGGCGGCAAGGCCUCCAAGGAAGAAGGUUACUAUGUGCACCCCACUGUUUACCGGACGACUAACCCUGGCCACGACAUCAUGUCUGAGGAGCUGUUCGGACCCAUUCUGGGAAUCUAUGUCUACCCCGAUGCUGAGUGGGAACAGACUCUGAAACUACUUGACUCAACCUCCCGCUAUGCUUUGACUGGUAGUAUCUUUGCCAAGGACCCGUAUGUCAGUCGCCAGGCGCAGACUGUGCUGAAGCACGCAGCUGGUAUGCUAUAUCUGAACACAAAGUGUACCGGCUCCACUGUGGCCCAACAGCCUUUUGGUGGUAGCCGUGACUCUGGCACGAAUGACAAGACUGGUACCAUGGCGCAUUUGCAGCGAUUUGUCAGUGCGCGAACCAUCAAGGAAGAGUUUGUCCCAUUGGAGAAGGUCACAUACCCUUCCAAUGAGGUCUAA